AUGCAUCUAUCAAAGAAAUGCUCCGUUUUCAGAGUGGUGCUGAGUGCUCUGCUCAUUGUGGCGCUGCUGCAGCUAAUCUACCUUUCAUUCCUGUCAAAAUUUCACGGCAAACAACAGCGGUACCGAUACUCAGAGCUUUUUGGGGGCUCGGGAUCCAAAACAAAAGCCACGCAACCUGAGAAAAACGCACGGAAGGAGCGGCUCAGGUACUCCCUUUCAACUGGUGGCAUCUUUGAUAACAGCGGCCAAUACAGGAUCUACAAAAACCUAAUAAAAAGUGAUUUCACCGCUAAUCUAAAGCCAGGAUCACAGGAUAACCCAAAUAUUCUGUCUCUAGCUACUCACACAACCCUAAACAACCUGCACCACCUGGAUUCUCUUUUGGAAAGGUGGCAAAAUCCUCUAUCAGUGGCUAUAUUUGCACAUGAUCAAGAUGUUAAAUUUUCUACAGCCUUGGUUUAUGCGCUUAGCUUUUUCUGCCCCAGAAUCCAAGCACUUGUGGACUUUCACCUGGUUUGCCUUUCUGGAGAAAUGGCCAGCUUCCCUGAACAAGACCGGGAACAUUUUGCUGGACUCAAGGACUGCUCUUCUGUGUUUAAAAGACUAGAAAAUCAUAGAGAUAAAUUCCAAAACUAUGCCAUAAGUGGGAAUAUCUCCUAUCCUAAUAACCUGCUUCGUAAUGUGGCUAGAAGUGGUACAGACUCAUCUUACAUUCUGGUUAUUGACAUUGAUAUGAUGCCAAGUUCAGAUCUCCAUCAGCAGUUUUUAGCAAUGAUCAUGGCACGUGAACCAAAUAGUGAUGAGGUUUUCGUUUUGCCCGCUUUUGAAAUUCGCCAUGAUCGUAAAAUGCCAGCCACAAAGCCAGAGUUGGUCCAGCUGUACCAGGUGGGAGAGGUAAGGCCGUUCUACGAGGAGCUGUGUCCAAGAUGCCAAGCCCCUACGAACUACUCCCAGUGGGUGAACAUCCACGUAAGGGGCAGCGCACCUCUGGAAGUGUCCUAUACUCUGACGUGGGUGGACCCUUGGGAGCCCUUUUACAUAGGUCCCCGCACUGUGCCGUUGUAUGAUGAGGGCUUCAAACAGUACGGCUUCAAUCGCAUCAGUCAGGCCUGUGAAUUACACGUGGCUGGAUACAGGUUUUCCGUUUUUUCAGCUUUUGUGGUCCAUCGAGGAUUCAAGAUUCAAGGGGAAUUUCACGCCAAAAAAGACGAAGAGAACAAACGAAAUCGGGUCCUGUUUCGUAGCUUCAAAGAGGGACUAAAAACCAAGUAUCCAUCGUCGGCACGGAGAUGCUAAAACAGAAUACGUGACCACCCUGUUGGAAAAAUGGACUUGUAUUUUUGUAGUUUUUAAAUGAAACUUCGUGACUUGCUCCUAAGGCCUCAAUUGUUCUGAUUUGGAGUCAGGAUAAAUGCACUGGCCUACAUUUUGUUCUAGUUAUAAAAGGUUGUAUUGCCAGAGCUUAAAUUAAUUAAAUAUAGCCUUAGGGGUUUUUCGGAACUUCCCUUUGGGCAAAAAUACGACAGGAAAAAAAAUUAUUAAGAAUUAAGAACCUCUCUGACUAUAAAAAAACAAAGUAAUCAAAACAUAAUACCUCGUGUGUUUUAUGAUGGGAGGGUGCGCCACCUGCUUGUCUCCAUAGAGAUGUUAUUGUUCCACAGAAUGGCAUUAUUUCGCUUUUUUUUUUUUUCCCGGAACCUUGAAAAACAUGCAUUCAGACUGUGAGCAGGUUAGUCUCCACAGAACUAACUUGUCCAUGUUGGGCCACCUGCUUGUCUGCAUCAAGAUAGAUGAGUUUAAUGCCAUACUGUGGAAAAUUACUAGGGCUGGAUAUCAUUCAGAAGCUGCCGAUAUCAUACAUACCUUGAUAUAUAGGCCACGAUACGAUACAGAUCUCGAUACAGUGCACUUUCAGUUUGAUACGAUAUGGUACAAUAAAAAAUAAAGGCUAAAUCAUGACUGUGAUACUAAAAGUCGUUGUUAAACCACUUCUUGUGCAAGUUAAUAUGAAACACUAGCCAGGCUGGUGCCACCUAGUGCCUCCGCUCAAUUUCAUUUCUCUCCAGCGACUAGUUCAGGAAUCAAAAUGCACUAAACGGUUUGCAAGAACCCCAGAAGUGCAAGUUCAGGCACCAGCCAAUCAGCGAAGAACCAUACAUUCUGUGUUGGCAACGAUUCCCACUAUCAAGGAUUUAAAGCCAGAACAAAGAGAAUGUUUGGUGAAUUUUAUCAAGCGGAAAGACGUUAUUGCUCUUCUUCCUGCAGGAUUUGGGAAAAGCUUAAUAUACCAGUUAACCCCGUUAGCGGCGCAUUACAUACGUCACAACCAAAUAGCAGUGAUUGGUUAAUUAAAAAUGUCCACGCCUACCAUCAAGCAAACAAAUCCUAAUGCUGCAAGGUCAGACAGUUUUCACGAAGUGAAACCGGCUGAUGAAUCAGGCUAAUUUUACUCAAAACAAUGAAUGAAUAUGUCAAAUGUGCUGCAUAAAUGAAUUUUCUUCCUCUGAACAAGCAACAAAACUGAAGCACUGCAGCAAAAAUAAUUUUGUAAAAUACACCAAAAAAUACGCUUGGUGAUAUAUCGAUACAGCAGCCCACAAUAUCGAUACUGUAUCAUCACAAUAAUUAUACGAUAUAUCAAUAUUUAGAUAUUUUUGCAAGUAAUAAGUAAUAACAUCUCUAUGGAAACAUGCAUCUCUUUUAACAAAAAAACUGUCUGGGCAGCGAUUUGACAUUAAUUAAGGCUAACGUCACAGCUAAAUCGUGACAAUAACAGAAUUAAUUUUUAUCUUGUUUAUUGCCAUUUUUAUCGACUAUAGGCUUACUCCAGGUAAAUUGUCUUACGCUCUCUAGUGACAGUAUAUUUGUACUAUGGCUUUUAAAUGAGUACUGACAAAACACAAUCAGCAUUUUCAGGUAAAGGAUGUGUGCGUACUUUAAAGCUCUUAUUAUUGCCAUGAUGAUCAAUGCCAGUGAGUAGCCACAAGAGGGCUACAGAGAUCGCCUCCUUUGUAAAGUGUAUUGCACAGUAUGUAGCUGGGGUGUUUUAUACAGGCUUACAGGAGUUAAUUUAAUGCCUGUUAAAUGUGUGUUUUGUUUUGUUUUUUUCAAACUAAGACAAGUUAAUUACCACUUAUGCAGAGAAGGUGACAAGCAUUUUGCCAAAUUGCAGAAACUACUGCAACGUUUAACACUGGAAAAGUAAAUAAACUGCUUUUACCGCAUUUAUCACUGUUUUUAAUGGCAGCUCUUUUUAAGCAUUUAAUUGUAGCAUGGUUAAAUUGUACACUACAUUCAAAUGGACUGAAAUAAGCCACUGCAAAACGCCUGCGUCUCCUCUUAACACUGACAGUAUUGUUCGCUAUUCAACACAUUUGUCACAUCUUGAGUGCUACAUAUUCUUUAUUUGUGGUAUUAUUGCUAAGUAUUUGCAAAUUUGUUCUGUUUAAAAUGUUUUAAUAUUUAUUGUGUCAUGUUUUGUGUUGACUGAAGUGUCUCCAAGCAGGAAACUGUAGCACAAAUGUUUGGGGUAAAAUAUUUAGUUUUUGCUAUAAUGUGCGCAAGACAUUUUGAAAUAUAUUGGUUAUCAGUGGCUCUUGGUUGUAAAUCAUUUUAUCAUUUUU